AUGAACUCGGUGAACGCCAUGCUUCUCUUCAACUCAUCAGAAAAUCCUUACCGGGGCUACAUGAUCCUUGACAACCUCGCGGGGCCAGAGGACGAGGACGACAGAGAGCCAAGUGCCAAGCCCAGCAAGAGGCCACUUGCAGAGGCACCAGCGUCUGUGAAACAUGGCAUCGAGCUUCCUUCCUUCGGCACGGUUGACUUCGGCUUCAACCCUGAGCUCGGGAUGGUUCCCAACAUGAACCUCCCCAACGUCCUUCCUGGCCUCCCCAACCUGGCGGAUGAGAUCUGUGAAUGGCAGACAGAUUCUAUUGCUCCCUCCGCCAUCCGCGCUGCUCUGCCGCAGCUGCCGACGGUCGUCAUCAUCGCCCUCCUCCCCUUCCCUCCUGACCUCCUCCUGCAGGAGAAGAAGAAGCCGCCAAGCAAGGCAGGGGGGCAAGUCGAUCUCAUGGCUGAUCUCAAGGCCCGAUUGGACAGAAGGCGCACAGGGAUUGGAGGAGGGAAGGAGAAGGAGAAGAAAUCGAAGCCCAAGGCUGAAGAUUCUGCUCCUGUCAGUAUUGGCAACAUCCGUGGGCUCGAGUCAGCCGCUGCAAAGAACAAGGCUGCGUCGAGUGACAACGAUGAAUGGUCGGACUAAGGAGAGGAGAAUGAAAUAUAUCUGCUGCG